AUGAGGGGGAGAAGAGGCAGGCCGCCCAAAGCCCCCCUGAUGCAGGAGUCUGGUUCAGGACCAGUGCGCUCUCUCAGACCCCGGAGAGCGUUAAAGAGCAAGGCCAGAGGAGCCAGUGACGAUGACUUUGUGACACCCAAGCCGGCGAACAGUGCUUCAUCGCGGGGGAAGAAGAGAGCCAGAUCGGGGCCAACGCGGGGGAAAGGCAGAGGCAGAGGGGCUGCGAGAGGCAGGGCGAGACGCGGCGGUGCUAGCUCCGUGGUUUACGAUGAUCAUGAGAGUGAGGAGGAGGACGAUGCUGUGAGCUUAGCCUCGGAGGAAGAUGAGGAAUUUGUCGACGAAGAUCCUCAGUCAGAAGAAGAAGAAGAAGAGCUCACCGAGAACGUGUCGGACUACCUGGAAGAGCUGCCCGAGGAUGAUAAUGCCAGCUACUGCACCGAGAGCAGCCACGCCAGCACUCCAGGCCGGAGGAGACGGCAGGCCAGACGUCCGCGCUCUCCGAUCCUGGAACAGAAAGAGAUCCCCCCACUUGAGCUGCCCAAGUCCUCUGAUGACCUCCUGAUCCCUCCUGAGCCGUUGCUGAACGUCUCGGCUGUAUACGAAGUGCUGCGCACUUUCACCACCGUGUUGCGUCUUUCGCCUUUCCGCUUUGAGGACUUCUGCGCGGCCCUGGCGGGUCAGGAGCAGUGUGCGCUACUGGCGGAGACACACAUUGCACUGCUUAAGGCUAUCCUGCGCGAGGAGGACUCAUCCAACACCACGUUUGGACCCGCUGACCUUAAGGACAGUGUUAACUCCACCCUAUACUUUGUGGAUGGCAUGACGUGGCCUGAGGUGGUGCGCGCUUACUGCGAGAGCGAGCCCGACUUCGGGGGCACCGCGCUCCAGCACCUGGAGGUUGAGGAAUACCCGUACGGUCCACUGGAGAGCAAGGUGAAGGUGCUGCAGUUUCUGGUCGACCGCUUUCUUACCACCAACAUGGCACGCGAGGAGCUCAUGAGUGAAGGAACCGUGCAGUAUGACGACCAUUGCCGAGCGUGUCACCGACUCGGCGACUUGCUCUGCUGCGAGACCUGCUCAGCUGUCUACCAUCUGGAGUGUGUGCGGCCACCGCUGGAGGCUGUGCCCGAGGAUGAGUGGCAGUGUGAGGUGUGUGUAGCGCACCGUGUACCUGGUGUGAGCGACUGCGUCACGGAGGCUCAAAAAAGUCGUCCAUAUUUACGCCAGGAACCCAUAGGCUAUGACCGGCACCAGCGGAAAUACUGGUUUCUCAACCGCAGGAUCAUUGUGGAGGAAGAUGGCGAUGAAGAAAAGGAAGAAGAGGGAAAAACGAUCUGGUACUACAGCACCAAACUGCAGCUGGAGGAGCUGAUCGAGGUGCUAGAUAAGGAGUUCUGGGAGAACGAUCUGUGUGCUGUGCUGGAGGAGCUGAAGGAGGAGAUCCACGCGCACAUGGACAUCACAGAGGAGCUGACCAACAAGGCUCGUGGCAACAACAAGGCCUACCUCACUGUUGUCAACGACGAGAUCCUGGAGGGGCAGAAGACUCAGCAGAAAGCUGCUGAGAAGGAAACCCCAGAGAUGAACACUGAUGAGGGAACCGAGGCAGAAAACCCAGGUCUAUCUGUUGAUGAUGCGUCUUCUUCACAGCAGGACUCCACAGAUGGGAAUGCAAGCAGUGAGAAGGCUGUGCUUGAUGCCGCAGCUGCUCCUGUUGGUGAGGGGAGCAACAACGUUUGUGGACAAUCUCAGACUGACUCGUCUGACUGUUCUAAAACUGACCCUCCAUCCUCUUCCACUGCAAAGGAACAUGAGAAACAAGCAGAGAAGGAAAGUGCAGAUAAAAGCUCAGAGUCAGGAGGUGGUGGUGAUGGGAAGCCUGUCCUGGAAAGCGUGUUGCCACAGACGGCUGAUGAGAACAGUUGCAGCAGUAAUUUCUCAAUCUCCGACUGCCUGCGUGCUCCUGAGGAGCCGGACCUAGCAGAUCGUUCAUCCCAGUCUUCCCUCAACAGCCAGGACGAGAACGGAGAUGGUGGAAAGGCCGGCGGCAUUGUGACACGUCUACGCAACCCCGACAGCAAACUGAGCCAACGCAAGGUCAUGCUGGACAAGGAUGCCAGCACAAACGACGGCAGCAAAGCACUUAAAGAGACCUCUCUGCUGUCAACCUACGGAGCCUUCAGAAGGGAACUGUUGGCAAAAUCCAGCUCCAGCAACGGCUACUUCAAGCUGGGCCAGGAGGGCAAAUUUCGUGUUUACCACAACCAGUACAGCACAAACACCCUGGCACUUAACAAACACCAGCACCGCGAGGACCACGACAAGCGGCGGCACCUCUCGCACAAGUUCUGCAUGACGCCCGCCGGUGAAUUUAAGUGGAACGGCUCCGUGCACGGCUCCAAGAUGCUGACCGUGUCCACACUGAGGCUGUCCAUCAUCCAGCUGGAGAACAACAUUCCUGCCCCCUUCCUGCAUCCUAACUGGGCAUCACACAGGUCAAACUGGAUCAAGGCGGUCCAGAUGUGCAGCAAAGCCCGAGAGUUCGCCCUGGCAUUGGCCAUUCUAGAGUGUGCUAUCAAACCAGUGGUCAUGCUACCAGUGUGGAAGGAUUCUCUCGGUCACACAAGGCUCCAUCGAAUGACUGCAAUGGAGCGAGAGGAGAAGGAGAAGGUGAAAAAGCGAGAGAAAAAGCUGGAGGAUGAGGAGACGAUGCAGCAGGCCACAUGGGUGAAAUAUACCUUCCCCAUUAAACACCAGGUAUGGAAACAGAAGGGGGAGGAGUACAGAGUUACUGGUUAUGGGGGCUGGAGCUGGAUCAGUAAGACCCAUGUUCCACGCUUUCUCCCUAAACUACCCGGAAACACAAACGUCAACUACAGAAAAGCAAUCGAGGCAGCUAAUACUGACAAAGAAAACCAAGCAUCCAGCUCCCAGGAAAACCAAAAUCCAGUCCCUGAAUCCACAAAAGAACCAACGAUUAAAGAGGAGAAUGAACCAGAAGAGGAAAAGAUGGAGGUGGAUGAGAAAUCUGUGGAUGAAAGUGAUUUCGCUGCUGAAAAUGAGUCCUCUGAACUGAUGGAAACAACCAGCUCUGAUUUAUCUAGUCAGGAAAAAGUUGAUGAAAAAAGCACACCUUUACCAUCGACGGAUGAACAGUGCGGAAAAGAGGAAGCUAUUGAUUGUAAAGAGACUAAAGUCAGUGCAGUAGCUCAGCCUCAGACGGGAGGUGAAAAUGACGUGGUGAAUGUCAGUCAGGGCCUUCAGCUGCACACCGUUUACAAGAAGUUAAAACCAUCAAAGCUGGAUGGCCUCCUGGAGCGACGGGUCAAGCAGUUCUCCCUGGAGGAAAGGCAAAGGCUGGAGAAGCUUAAGCAGGUCUCGGCCUCUAAUCCUGCCACCGAGAACGGGAAGGAGGAUCAGGACACCGGCUCAUCCCUAAACCGAGAGCUUAAAACUGAACUAUCCAGCUGUGACACUGUGAAAAGUGGCCAGUCUGAAAGAGCUGCGCAGCCUGUGGUAAAGGAAAAAACCUCAGUCGUAAAAAAGCUCGAAUUCGGCGAAGAUGACCAGGCAGCGCUCGGGUCCAGACCGAGUUCCGGUUCAACCGAUGAAGCAACUUCUGCAGAACGUGAGUCGAAAUCGGCAUCAGAACCGGAAUACAAAACAGGGAACGGCACAUUAAUAGCAUCUACAGAACUAAACGGGGGCUCUCGGAAGGAUCUGGAAAACGUACAAAAUAAAACUGUGUGUCCCAAACUUGAAGUCACAGAGGAAAAGAAUUUAACUGAUAGCAGCUCUCCCACGGAGGAGAACGGAUUAAAUUCUGAGAAAUCUUUGCAUGUUAAUGGAGAUGUUUCUAUAGACUCUCCACCUACUAAUCUGAUCAAUAGUAUUAACGCGCAAAAGAUUACACAGGAUGUAGUGAAGGAGACAGCCAAGGACAGUGUAAAAUCUCUAAUGAAUGGUGACCUGAUUCAAGAGGGCCAGAAAGACAAAGCUAAGCCUAGUGAGGAAACUAAAAUGGCCAAGUCAGACGUUGAGCAUCAAUCACCUCUCAAGGUGGACGCACUGGAGAAGAAGCCUGAAGGCAUUUCUCCAGCAGAAGCUAGCUUACAGCCGGGUGAACUGUGUAACAGUACCAAGGAGCUGCCAGUGCAGACUGAAGAGGAGAAGCCUAAAUCUCUGGGCACGUCGCCCAUUCCAUCCACGGAGGAGUCCAGCCUAAGCAGCGACGUCGCUGAAAACAGCACUAGCGCUGGUAAUGUAAUGCAGACCAUAAUCACACAAGUCACAACCACCACUACAACCACUACAGUUUCCACCAAGUCCCACACUGUCCACAUCGCUGAAGCAUCCAGCCUGCUCGAUGGGACCGCUCACAGUAACCUUUCUACAAGUUCAUCAACCGAACCAAAGGUGGAAUCCUCUUCCUCAGUCUCUACUCUUUCAACUCUGACUACCACCACCACGACCAAGGUUACAUCCUCAACCCCUGGUGCCAAAGUAACCGAGGAGAGCAAGACUGUCGUCACAGCAACGCUAACUGAUGCCAAAUCGGGUUCCUCCGGUACCUCGCUGACCUCCGUCACCGUGAGUAAGGAGUAUUCCACCAGGGACCGAGUGCGCUUGAUGAAGUUUUCUCGCAUCAAAAAGACCCGAUCAGGUACAGCCCUGCCUUCAUAUCGCAAGUUUGUAACCAAGAGCAGCAAGAAGAGCAUAUUUGUACUUCCCAACGACGAGCUGAAGAAACUGGCCAGGCGAGCUGGUAUCCGUGAGGUGCCUAUUUUUAAUUACAACGCCAAGCCAGCUACAGAUAUCUGGCCCUAUCCAUCCCCCAGGCCCACAUUCAGCAUCACAUGGAGGUACCGGCUUCAGACAGUGAGAUCUUUGGCCGGAGUUAGUCUGAUGCUACGGCUGCUCUGGGCGUGCCUCAGGUGGGACGAUAUGGCAGUAAAGCCUUCUCCUGCUGUAGGAACCACACGCACAGAAACAUCAGAGACUGACGUCACCACCACGGAGAUUAUCAAACGGAGGGACAUGGGACCUUAUGGCAUCCGCUCAGAGUACUGCAUCAGGAAAAUUAUUUGCCCUCUGGGGGUGCCGGAGACUCCCAAAGAGACACCCACACCUCAAAGAAAGGGUCUGCGCUCCAGCGCUCUGCGGCCAAAGAAGCCGGAGCCCUCGAAACAGAAAGGGCCGGUUGUGAUAGAGAACUGGGUGGCAGAGGAGGAGCUGGAGCUCUGGGAGAUACGAGCUUUUGCUGAAAGGGUUGAAAGGGAAAAGACGCAGGCAGCUGACCCACCCAAGGUUUUAAAGUCUGCUGAGGAGGUCAAGGCCCACUUGGAAGCUCAAUUAAAGCAGCAGAGAUUGGCAGCCCAGCAGAAACGGUUGGAGCAGCAAAAAGCUGCAGGCAUUACAACCCAAUCUACAACUAGUACACCUACCAGCUCUGCAUCCUCAACACAGAAGUUGGUGGUUGGUUCCCUGACAAGUCCCGUCACCCCUGGGACAAAAGUGGUGCUGACGACAAAGUUAGGUACUCCGGUGCAGUUUCAGCAGAACAAGAAUUUCCAACAGUCCUUUGCCUCCUGGGUUAAGGGCCAAGGCACUACAGGUGUGGUCCAGGUUCAGCAAAAGGUGGUGGGGAUCAUUCCGUCCAGUACAGCAGGGACUGCACAGUCAUUCUCCUCAUUCCAGCCCCGUUCGGGCAACGUCAGCAUCCGACCCAACAAUAAUCAGCAGAUCACUAUGACUGGAAUCCCUGUCCGGCCUGGCAUGACUCUGGUUCGUUCACCUCUUCAGCAGGCCACGGCUUUGGGCAAGACGGUUAUUCGCACUCCCCUUAUCGUUCAACAAGGUCAAGGUCAACAGGUUGUGACUCAGAUCAUCAGAGGAACACCCGUGUCAAAGGCCAUAGCCGGCGUCAGCCCGGCACAAGUGGUGGGUACUCCAGCGCGCCCCUCCACCCCCGCCCAGCCCCAAACUCCACAGACUCCCGGCAGCACCCGGCCACAGCAAGGCCAGGUUAAACUUACCCUGGCUCAGCUCACUCAGCUUACACAGAGUGCUCAGGGGGGGAAUCCAGGUCUGACUGUGGUGAUCCAGGGUCAGGGACAGACCCAAGGCCAAUUGCAGGUCAUCCCACAAGGUGUGACUGUAAUCCCAGGCCCUGGUCAGCAGCUUAUGCAGGCAGCCAUGCCAAAUGGCCAGGUCCAGCGCUUCCUCUUCACCCCUACACCGCCAGCAUCAGCAACUCCAGCUGCUCCAGCUCCCACAGUAUCUGCGUCUACUACGUCAGCCACUCCCACUAGCAGUACUCCCACACCCGCAGCACCCACCAAACCAGCACUGCAAACUGCAGUACAAGGCCCAAUUCAACCAACCAACCUUCUCUCAUCUCCAUCGCCUGUUUCUCAACCCCAGUCCACGCAAAACACCACCAUUCCAUCCCAAAGCGUAACAUCUUCCUCUCUAGUUCCAGUCUCGCAGGCCCAGCUUUCUUCGCUCCAGCCCCAGCUCCAACCACAAUCCCAAAUUCAGACGCAAUCCCUUCUACAAUCCCCACAACAGCCCCAGAUCCAGCCACAACUUCAAGGCCAACUACUACACCAACCUCAAAUCCAGCCCCAAACCAAUCUUCAAAGUCAGGUACAGCAACAACCUCAAAUCCAGCCACAACCCCAACUUCAUACCCAGUUGUGCUCCCAAAUUCCAAUUCAGCCCCAACAACAGCUCCAAGUACUGCCUCAACAGCAACCCCAAAUCAGACCUCAGGUUCAACAGCAACCACAAGUCAAACCCCAACAGCCGCUGUUACAGCCUCAACAGCAAGUCCCAAGUAUUCAACCUCAAAUACUGCAAGUUCAACUCCAACCCAAGCCUCAACAGCAGCUCCAGAUCCAAGCCCAGAUCCAACCCCAGCUCCAACAGCAGCUCCAGAUCCAGCCACAGUUACAGCAGCAGCUCCAGAUCCAACCCCAGCCCCAACAGCAGCUCCAAAUCCAACCCCAGCCACAACAGCAGCUCCAGAUCCAACCCCAGCCACAACAGCAGCUCCAGAUCCAACCCCAGCCACAACAGCAGCUCCAAAUUCAGCCCCAGCCACAACAGCAACUACAGCUUCAAUCCCAACUCCAGCAGCAGUUUCAACUCCAACCCCAGCUUCAACAGCAGCUCCAGCUCCAGCCACAACAACCCCAACUUUCCCCUCAGCCUCAACAAAUUCAGUCACCACAACAACUCCAACCACCAGCACAGCUUCAGACUCAACCUCAUUUAGCAGCUCAAACCCUCGUGCCAUCCUCUUCCCCCCUACCUGUAACUCAUGUAGCCCAGGUAACCACCCCUUUAACACAGAUACCCUCCCUUGCUGUGACCCCGACCACGGUAACUCAGGUUCGUCCUCAGAUACAGCUCCCCGCCCAGCUCCUCAGUGUCCCUGGGAUCCAGCAGCAGGUCCUCUCCCACAUCCAGAACCAGGUGGCAGCCCAGCUCCAGGCCCAGGCUCAGCACGGGCCCCUGCCACAGCAGAUCAAACUGCAGGUGCCCAUCCAGAUUCAGCAGCAGGGUGGAGGCCAGGUACAGACGCAUCAGAUCCAGAACGUUGUGACCAUUCAGACAGGCAGUGUGCAGGAGCAACUUCAGCGCAUCCAGCAGCUCAGAGAGCAACAGCAGCAGCAGCAAAAAAAGAAACAACACGAGGCUAAAAAGGAGCACGCUCAACAGGCCACCGGUCAGAGUGAGCAGCUACAAAAGCAGGUAGCAAUAAAGCAGAAUGCGGUCAUUGAUCACCUAAAACAGAAGAAGACCAUGACUCCAACAGAGAGGGAGGAGAACCAGAGGAUGAUCGUCUGUAACCAGGUGAUGAAGUUCAUCCUGGAUAAAAUAGACAAAGAUGAGAAGCAGGCUGCUAAAAAGCGAAAGCGGGAGGAGUCGGUGGAGCAGAAGCGCAGCAAACAGAACGCCAGUAAGCUUUCUGCUCUGCUCUUCAAACACAAGGAGCAGCUGAAAGCUGAGAUCCUGAAGAAAAGAGCGCUGCUGGAUAAGGAACUGCAGGUGGAGGUGCAGGAGGAGUUAAGGAAGGAUCUGAGUAGGCUGAGGAGAGAGAAGGAGAAGGCCCAGGCAGUCGCCUCUCAAGCAGCCGCUGCGGCCAUCAGCGCCCAGGCCGUGUCUCUGUCCACGCACUCCUCUCCAGUCACAUCGCCUCCUUCCAGCCACAAACGCAAGCGGGAUGAAGAACGUGAUGCGGCUUUGUCUAAGAACAAGAAGAAGAAGAUGAUCUCCACAUCUUCAAAGGACAGCAAACGAGACACCAAGCUGUACUGUGUAUGCAAAACGCCCUAUGACGAAUCCAAGUUUUACAUUGGUUGUGACCUCUGCUCGAAUUGGUACCAUGGUGAGUGUGUGGGUAUUACGGAAAAAGAGGCCAAGAAGAUGGAUGACUACAUCUGUAUGGAAUGUAAAAGUGCACAAGAGGGCAGCUCAGAAGAGCUCUACUGUAUCUGCAGAACACCAUACGAUGAGUCCCAGUUCUACAUCGGCUGCGACCGUUGCCAAAACUGGUACCACGGCCGUUGUGUGGGCAUUCUGCAGAGUGAGGCGACUCACAUCGAUGAGUACGUCUGCCCUCAAUGUCAGUCUACAGAGGAGGCUAUGACUGUCCUUUCACCUCUCACAGACAAGGACUACGAGGGUUUGAAGAGAAUUCUUCGCUCCUUACAGGCCCAUAAGAUGGCAUGGCCUUUCCUGGAACCGGUAGAUCCUAACGAUGCUCCAGAUUAUUAUGGGGUCAUAAAGGAACCAAUGGAUCUAUCCACAAUGGAGCAGAGGAUACAUAAACGAUUUUACAACAAGCUUACAGAAUUUGUAGCAGACAUGACCAAAAUUUUUGACAACUGUCGCUAUUAUAAUCCCAGUGAUUCGCCGUUUUUCCAGUGUGCCGAGUUCUUGGAAUCAUUUUUUGUACAGAAACUCAAAGCUUUCAAAGCAAGCAGAUUGAUGUCAUGAGUCUGACCUAUAGCUGGAACUGGGCUGAAGGGGUGGAGUUUUGCUUUUAUAGAAUAAUGGAUGUAGCUGUCUUAUGAACAGCUGGAAACUCCACAUGGUUUUAUAUUUUAGUGAAUUUAGUCACUGCUCACAGAAAGAAAUCAAAAGGGAAGGAAAACCUUAAAAGCCAGAACGUUAAGAUCAAAAUCCUUUGUUGGAUCUGAGAAUGGCAGCCAUGGUGGUAAACAAAUACUUUUAGGUCUCUUAGACCUGUUUGUAAUUGAUAUUUUAGUUGGAUUUAAUCAGCAUCAAGGACUUUAGGAAUAAUAAACUAGUUUGUAUCUUUUACUGUAAGUUCAGUUCAAUGUUGGGUCAUUUGGCUCCAAGUCAGCCCUGUUCUGGAUUUGUCGCGUUCCCUGCUGGCUGAUCAUGCGUUCCUCUUUAAUAAUGAAAGCCUUGUAUGUAAAUGUGUAUUCAAGGCAAAACAUGGUUUUAAAUUCUUUUGUUAAGGACUUUGUGUUUAAAAAUAUUGAAAAAUUUCAUACCAUUAAAAUGCAUCACUGAUAUUUACAUUAGAGAGUUUUUUAUUUACACCCAGUACUUCUUACUGUAUGAUAAUUAAGCCUUCCAUAAGCAUUCAGAAUAAGCUCAGAUCUCUGCAGGACACUGGGCCCCCAGGUCUGAAGUUGAUCAGCUCUAAUGUAGAACACUGAUUAAAAGACUUUGGAUUUUUGGAUAUAUACAUAUUUAUAUUUUUAGGACGUGCACCCGUUAUAAUUACUGUUAAGAAUCCAAAGCUCAGUUUUACAACCACAACCGAAUAAACAAAAAGCAUUUCUUAAAGAUACGUAUAUGCCAACAUGGCUGCCAUAACCUUUCCAAACCCAAUCACCCCCUUCAGGUAUUGCUUAGGUGUCCGUUUGCUCUCUCCGUCUCAUUUCAUUUAGUUCGUCCAGCGUUCUUGUCUCACGUCUACCAUUCGAUAAACAGCUUCACCACAGUUUGCUCUUUUUUAUACUCUGUAGGUCUCAUAACAACAAACUACAGUCUUCAGCGUCAUAGAAUACAACCUCACACAGUGCUAUCAUGCAUCCUUAAGGAUCUUUCUUUUUCGGGGAGGGGAGGGGGGAGACUCGGACAAUUCAAGGUUGGAUUCCGGCCUCUUCUGUGUCUGUGUCACGGAUGUCGUCCCUACACAUCUACACGUUUCUACUGUUUUUUUUUUUCUCUCAACCUAAAUUUUCACCCCAGUUGACCAGCAUUGCACAUGAUGAACGCGGUGUUAAAAGGGGUUCUGCCGUUCUAUCUGACUGUGGAGUAAAUGGGCCUAGGAGGAAAUAACAUGAAGCAUUUUGUAAUGUUUGUUACCUCAAAGCAAUGACUUUUGAAUGGGACUUCCUUUUUUUAAUCAUGUUUGCAUAAUCUAGGGUCCAGGUCUAAAUAAACCUCUCACAACAAUACUGUUUUCAUGUCAUGUGCAGGAAUUAGGUGGAUUCUGGACACACCAGCUGUACUUGUUAUGCAGUUGGGUUUUUGGUGGAUUAGAUUUCGGGAUGUGUAAAAGAAAAAUAGAUUUUAUUGGAUGCAGUAAGAGUGACUGAAACAGCUAAAACAAAGUUCAGUCAGAAAGCAGUCUGUUUGUAUGUCUUUUUUUUCUUUAUUUUUUGUAAUACAGCUGAAGAAAUAUUGAUGUAUAUGAAUCGUAAAUAAAUGGAAAGUGUUCUUUCCCACACUGACAAA